AGAUUGAUUAUUUAUUUUUUUUUACCACCAGCAUCACCGCAUCAAUCUCUGACAUAGCUAUUUAAUAUAUAAAAUUGCGGAGUUUCUUUUCCCCCUUUAUGUUUUGAUGGGAGCCACUGUUAUUCUUCAAUUGGCGUUUUCCCCGUCGUUAAGUUUUACAACCUUUUGUUAGCAUAGCCUGCUGCUAACCUUGGCUCCAAGGUUAGCCAGACGUUAGCUUGCUGCUAACUUUAGCUCCGAUAAAUCACUCAAUGCUCGCCUUUCUUCGUCUGUCACUCUGUAUUACUUUCACCCGCAAUGGAGGACGAAGCCUUCUCUAAUAUAAGCGGCAAGGCGAUAUCCCUGGAUUGUCAGACCCACUCCAGCUUUUGCAGGGAGUUCACUGUUAGCUCCCCUAAGAUGUCCAUCGGCAAAGUGAUGGCGUACACUUGCUCUGUGUGGCUCUUUGCUUAUGCUGUGUUCUUCUUCACAGAGAACACAGCAGUUCUCUCCAGUGCUAUUCUCAUCACCCUCGCCGGCAUGAUGCUUCACAUCCACUUUGUGAAGGUGGACCACGAGUCUCUUCUUGUCAUUGGCUCCCUGGGCAUCCAGGUGUCCUCCAGCUACGCGUCAGGUCGCGAGGUCACCACUUUCAUCGAGAUGAGCAGGAUCAAAGACAUUGUCAUCAAUGAAGCUGUUUAUCUGAAUCAGAUCAUCUACUACCUGUGUGUGCUGUUAAAGGAGCCUUCAGAACCCAAUGUAGUCUCAAGUGUUGUCCCAUUGUUCCAGAGCUCCAAGCCGAGGCUCAACUGCUUAGCGAAGGUUUACAAGAGCUGUCAAGAGAUUCUGUCCAAGUGCCAAUGACCCAUAAGUUUUAAUGCAUCACAACAUUGUUUAUAGGCCUUGUUUGUUUAUUUAAAAUUUAUUUUUAACGGAUGAGAGGAGAGAAUUCUUUCUUUACCCAGAAUAUCUUAAAUAUUUGUGGGAUUUAUUUCCUUUAUGAAUACAUACCUGAAAUGGGGCAGAUUUACUUUAGUAGUUUGAAUGUGUUACUUUGUUAUAAAGGUAGCUUAAUACUUGCAUUCAAAGGAAAACUUUCCAUCUCUUUCUAGAUGUUAACUUAUAUAGUGUAAUAUAUAUAAAUAGUGUACACAUUUCGUGUUGGUCAAUAAAUUUUAAAACAAA